AUGGUUGUGAACGAUAUCAAAGGACCAGGAUUUCUCUUUCUCAGUGGACCGGGCAUUGUGGGGAACAUCUUUGUUGCUGUGAAUUACAUGUGCAUUUUCUUUUGGGACACUAAAAAGAAAUCUACACAUCUAAUUCUCAUCCACUUGGCUUUUACAAAUAUCAUAAACCUUUUUUCCAAGGUAAUGCUAAAAACAAUAGACAUUUUUGGCUGGAGAAACUUACUGGAUGGCACAGCCUGUAAAAUCUUUGUGUACGUGGAGCGGGUGGCCCGGGGUCUUUCAAUCUGCACCAGCAGCUUCCUGACUGUGGUCCAGGCCAUCACCAUCAGCCCCAGAGCCUCUGCACGUGCCACCUUCAAGCCAGCAUCUACAUGGUGUAUCCUUCCCUUUUUCCUCCUCUUCUGGGUACUCAAUUCCUCGGUCAGCGUGAACUUACUCUAUUACAUCAAAAACGUCAGAAGGCUAAACAGAUCACAAAUUGGUGAAAAUGAUGGCUACUGUUAUUUCCUACCAGCAAGCCAGAUGAUGAAGUGGAUUUUUCUCAUUCUCAUGGUCCUGAGAGAUUUCCCGUUUCUGGGUCUGAUGGGCUGGGCCAGUGUCCACAUGGUACACGUUCUCUAUAGGCACCACCAGCAUGCCCGCUACCUGCAGAAAUCCAAGGUUCUCUACCACAAACCCCCUGAGAUAAGAGCUGCUCACAGUGUUCUCCUGCUGAUGCUUUCUUUUUUCUUUUCUUUGAUAGAUUGUAUUAUUUUAUUAUGCUUGAAUUCCUUCUUAGAGAAUAAUUCUUCCCUGUUACAUAUUCAAGAAUUUCUAACUCUUGGCUAUGCAAUUGUCAGCCCGUUCGUGCUGAUUCACAGAGAUAGACACGGGGUUGAAUGUUUGGCACACUUACCGAAACUAGAAAAAUGUCUGUUUUGUCAUUGCUCCUUUCAGUAA